AUGACUUCGAGUUUCGAGCUGGCCGACAUCCACCGCAUCCUAACUGUCAUCGACCUAGACGACGACGAACCUUUCGCCGCCGGCGAAGACAACGCCUCUGGCGUCGGUCACGACGCCGCCGAUGACAACGCCUCUGGCGUCAGUCACGACGCAGGCGACGACAACUCCUCUGGCGCGGACAUCGAUGCGGGCGCGGGCAACGCUGCCAACCUCGAGGACGCCGAGAAUGGUAUCGCGGGGGGCGAGGAGGGCGGAGAGGCAGGAGAGGGGACCGCAGAUGGCGCUCCCGUGUGGUGGCGCAGAUUCAUUGUGUGUUCCGAACUUCGCCCGCAAGCCGUCGCCGGAUUUCUGGUCGGGAUCGUGCUGGUGCUGGUCGUCUAUAUCCCCGAAGCAAAUGUAGUGGCGCCCACUUCGGCGCGGGAGGAUGAACGGAAAGCCGACUUGUCAGAUGUACAGCCAGCAGAAGGUGCCCCUGCAGUGCGUGCAAAGUAUAUCGUGUACCGAGUGACUUCUGACGGUGCCUGGGGAAUGGAGGCGUCUGUCGGAUAG